AUGGAGUUCGUGUCGCCUGAGCAGCUGCGGCUCGACGGCCGACGACCCAAAGAGCUACGGCAGCUCAAGUGCGAGCUGGGCGUGCUGCGCUCGGCUGAUGGCUCAGCGUCAUUCGAGAUGGGCAACACCAAGGUGCUCGCAGUCGUGUAUGGCCCGCGCGAGGUGACCAACCGAGCGGACGCCCUGCCAGACAGGGCGGUGGUGCGGUGCGAGUAUGGCAUGGCGGCCUUCAGCACGGGGGAGAGACGGCGACGAGGAAAGAUGGACCGGCGGUCAGUGGAGAUAUCACUGGUCAUUCGGCAAACACUCGAAGCAGCCAUCAUGCUCGAGCUCCUACCACGCACACAGAUUGACAUUUUUGUUCAAGUCUUGCAAGCUGAUGGCGGCACUCGCUCCGCAUGCAUCAAUGCAGCGACACUCGCGCUGUGCCAUGCAGGCAUCCCCAUGCGAGACCUGGUUACCAGCUGCGCCUCUGGUUACCUCAAUGCCACGCCGCUUCUAGACCUGAAUUAUGUGGAGGACAGCGGGGGCGGCCCAGACGUUACGGUGGGCUACUUGCCAUCGUCUGAUAAGAUCUCACUGCUGCAGAUGGACGCCAAGCUCCCAAUGGACACAUUCGAGGAGGUGGUGAAGCUCGCGGUCACGGGAUGCAAGGCCAUAGCGCACCGCAUGAGACAGGUACUGCUGGAGCAUACAGAGCGGUUAGCACUUGCACGAGGGGCAAUGCAAUUGUAG